AUGAUGAGAAUAUUAGCGAUAGUGUUGUCAGUCUUAGCCCUCGUCUCAGCCCAUCCUCUCAUUCAAGAGACCAAUGAUUUGGAAAUUAUUGCCAAAAAUAUUCUCUCGAAUCACCACAAAUUGGGUUCGUUUCGCAUUGAAGACAAUCACAGCUAUAAUGACGUGAAUUGCGAACAAAAUGUCGUCGUUUCCGACGAAGAGCUGAAGACAAUCGAGAAAAUGGCCGUCAAUUUGAUGGACGGUUUCGAGACGUCUUCACUGAUCACUGACUACAAGACGUACAAAGAGCUGAAGUGGAAGUACUUCUUGAAAUGGAUCCGUCGGUCGCGGUGUCUGUCGGACCGGUCGUCGGAAUCGUUGCCACACUUUGUCUGCUUCGGCGGUCUCUUCACAUCACUGCUGAUGACGCCAUCGCUUGUGGAGGACUGGACUCUUGUGGUGACGCGUUUCAAAGACACGAUUUUCAUGAAUAAGGUUCGACUCAAUGAGGACUGGAAACGGGGCCGAAGACAACCACAACCGGCGGUCGAUUCCAACCCAUCGGUCGGCGGCGACGGAUCCAAACAGUUUGUCGACAAAAACACAUACUUCGCGGCAAAAGUGACACAAAUUGUGACCAAUGGUGACAAAGAAGCCAACAGUAGAGCCGUUAAUGAGUUUGAAAAGUGUUUCAAUUGUUAUGAAUCGAAAAUCGGCGGCCAUCGAUUGCUUUUGAUGUCAGAAAUGGAUGCCAUCGACGAAGAGGGCAAUCAGUAUGAGAUCAAGUGCUCGAAGAGUAUGGCUUUCGGACAAAAACUGCUCCAAUGGUGGGCUAAUUGUGUGGUCGCAGACAUCGACCGCAUUAUCGUUGGCCUCAAAGACUCGGAGGACGUGUUGAAAGAGAUCCAAACCGUAGACGUGUCUGAAAUCCCGUCGAUGUCUUCGUUUCGAUGGAAUACUGACGAGUCGUUUGGUUUCGUUAACCGGUGUUUGAAUUUCAUUCAAGAAGUACUCAAAGACAGCAAAGAUUUGGACACUUUUCGUGUGGUAUUCCGCAAGAGAUUCAAAAACAUUAGGGUUUAUAAGCAGUCGACCCAUGGAUUGCUUCCCAAUUGGUUCACCGCUGAGGAGGAAUGGGAUGAAUGGGACCAUCAGUUUGACACUCAAACCACUCGUUUAUAUUCACACAAAUAAUCGCUUUUUUUGUAUUGCUUUGAUUUUAAUUAUAUUUUGUUUGUUUGACUUUUCAUUUGUC